GGAAAAAUCUGUUGGCGAGAAACGAUCGAAAGUCGAAUCCUCGCGACGAACGAGAAUGUCACGGACAAGUCGUACGUCGGCGUGUUACGUCCGCACGGAGAACGACGGAGCGGAAAAAAGGGGAAAAACGGAAUCGCGGAUGUCUGGGAAGAAAGAGGCAAGGGGAGGUAGAACGGUUCGCCGACGUAAGCGAUGCUCGGCGAACGAGAGGAUUACCCAGCGUGUCCUAAGUUUGGUGGCGAACGAGGGUCAUCGCCGCUGCGACGAGGUUAUCGAUGAAUCGGGGAAAGGUGGGGAGAUUUUUGUGCUCUGUCGUCGUAUUCGAGAGAACUCGGUAAGUCGAGGAAAACGCGAACGAAGAAACGGAGAAACGAUCGGACGAGAAUCUCGAGCUCGGAAUCAUCGGGACAGUAUAUCGGCUGACCGCUGCAUCGCCGAUACCAAGGACGGUGAAAAAGAGGAUGGAGAAAAUGUUGGCGCGAGCGAUUCGAAACGGUUUCGACGGAGCGAAGAGGAGACGGGUUCGGUGGUCGUACGGGCUGGUCGCGUUAACGAGCAUCGUGGUAUUCGUGGUGUUUUGGUUCACCAACGUCUUUCGGAACACGAUUCUAUCGAAUCUCGAGCUUCGGAACGGCACCACGUCCUUCUUGCUGUGGCAACGACCCCCCGUUGGACUCACUUUCAACGUGUACGUGUUCAAUUACACGAACCUGCGGGAGUUCGAGAGAGGGAACGCGUCCAAGCUGCGUGUGCAAGAAGUCGGACCGUUUACCUAUCGGGAGAAUCUGAACCGAGUGAACGUGGAGUUGCACGAAAACGGAACGGUAACGUAUCAAGAGAAAAGAAGCUACCGAUGGGUGUCUGGCGAGUCGGAGAACGCAACGGUGAUCGUGCCCAACGUGCUGUUGAUGUCGACGCUCGCCUAUUCCCGAAAUUUGCCGUUACCGAUGCAGCUCUUGUUGACGAUGAUUCUAUCGAGCGUCAGCACGAAACCGUUCCUCAAACUGACGGUAGGGGAGUACCUCUGGGGCUACGAGGACAAGCUCUUCCAAAUGGCCAAGCCUUUCGCCUCCCUUAAGCGUGAUCUGCCCUUCGACAAGUUUGGUAUUCUCGCGUUUAGAAACGCCGUGAACGAGGAUCGCAUCACGAUUCACACGGGCGUCGGGGAUCUCGGAAAGAUCGGACUGAUCGAACGGUUGAACGGAGAGAAGGUACGGAAAAUUUGGGGGAACGAAUCGUGCGACAGAGUGUACGGCACCGACGGCAGCAUGUUUCCACCCCAGUGGAUCGAACGGCCGGAAUCCGACGUCUACAUCUACGCGAAAGACGUCUGCAGGGCAAUGCCGCUUCGUUACGAAGGCCGUCACAUCUCCAGCGGUAUUCCGAGCUUGAGGUACAAAGUACCGAGCGACGUUUUUACGUCGACGCGCGACGAAAACUCGUGUUUUUGCCCAAAGGAAUCGGAUGAUUCGACCACGGGAAAAUGUCCACCGCUCGGAACGUUCAACGUUUCCGCUUGCAAUUUCGGCGCUCCGUUUAUCCUCUCGUUCCCUCACUUUCACUCGGGCGACAAGUCGCUGUUCGAGAGAAUCGACGGGCUGACACCUCGAGAAGAACACCGCGAGAGCUUCAUCGACGUUCACCCGAUAUUGGCCGUCACGAUCGCCACCAGAAUGAAGUUUCAGGUGAAUCUCGAAGUGCGGAAAGCGACCGGCGUGCCGUUCGCAGGGAAUCUCAAAGACGGCUCGAUUCUGCCUUUGGUCUGGAUAGAUUCCGGAAUAGAGGAGCUACCCGAAGCGAUGCAGGAGGUUUUCUAUCGUGGCCAUUACGUCGUAAGCGGCGUCGAAGCUGGAUUACAAUGGUGCAGCCUCGUUUGCGCGAUCCUGUCUUGCGCGGCUUUCUUUGCCACGUUCAAGAAGAACGAGGAAACCAACGCGGGCCACGAUCCUGAAUCGACGAAGCCGAGCGAGACCUCUCCAACGAAACUCGCUCCAACGGGAGACGUUCGCGACCCGGUUUUCCAUUUAAUGAUUGUAUCCACGUAAAUGUUUCGGUUAGCGUGCCGAUCGAAUAGGACAAUGGCUGUUUCAAUGGCGCGAGCGCGUGUCAUAACAAGGAAUUUACCGCGAAAUUCACUGGACACCGAUCCGAUGCUACGAUAUCGCGUUACUUGUCGGAGCAACAAAGGUUCGCUGUUCGCGAUCGAUCACACUCGGUCCUUGGUGGCUCGUUUCGAAUACGUAUAGACGCGAUAACGUUCGACACGCGUACGCGCUCGAUUUAUCGAGGAACGAUCUCGACGUCUCCGAUCGUACGUGAAUGUGAACAUAAACGUGUGCGCAAACUUUAUGCUGACGAAUGCAUUUUCCAUCGACACCGAUAACCUAUCCGACAACAUUUUCCAAGAUGUGAGAUAACAGACUUGUUUCUUUUUUCCGUUAUCGCGCAUCGAAUUCGCGCGGGGUAUCGUUCGAACGGCCAGACAACUCGUCUCAACUCGUCUCGUCUCUUACUCGGACCAGAAACGAAGUCUCCGCACCGUCGACAACAACAUUGAGCAAAUAUCUGUUCGACGCUUUUAUUAGUUUCCAUAAAAUUGUUUGAAAUCGUCCGAUUUCUAAACUAUUUGGCUAUUUCAUCAACUUCUCGUGCUCCAUCGUAGAAAAUUGUAUUCGUCUAAAAACCUAACUGUAAUCUAUUUGUAGUAACGCUUUGUUAUAACGAGAUACAUAUACACAAACGGGUAAUGAAUAACAAUAAGAUCUCUGGCGACGUCGAUAUCGUCCAAGUUGGAAAAUAACGACGACAACGACUCGGCUCGCACCAGGUCUCGUGCACAGGAUCGAUUAUGUACAUGUAUAUGUAUAUGUAUAUGUAUAUGUAUAUGUAUAUCUAUAUGUAUACGUAUGCGCGUGGGUGUGCGUGUGCGUGUAUGCUUUGUCUUCGUCUUUCUGUAUGUAUGCGUGUACACAUUUAUAUAAAUAUGCGCGUAUAUACAUAUGUAGAUAUGCGCGCAUUGGACGGAACAAUUUUGUCGACUGUUGGCGAACGAGUAACGCGCGUUACUCUUCGGUACCACGCACCUAUCGGCGGAACCCGAUCGUCUCUAACCCUAUACCGGAUUUCGAAUUUGUUACAGCCUCUCCGCAAACGUCUACCCUAUUACCUCUUUCCAAUUAUAUCCCAUCUCCAACGUAUAGGUAGAUUUAUAAAAAUAUAUUGAACGCGAUCGUA